AUGAAGACCCAACUAAUAUUAUGUUUAUUGGUUAUCACCACAGUGUACUCCAGAGAUGUAAGACGAAAGCGUGAAGCGGAUCUCGAGGGAGCAGCUUCAGAACAUUGGGCUAAAGGUGAUGGAGGUGAUCAUCACGGUGAACAUUAUGGUGAAGAGGGAGGACAUGGCGAAAAAGGAUACAAAGCUUAUCACGAUCAUAAUCACGGUAAGAAAGGCCAUUCCGAUCAUGAGGGGUACAAAGGCCAAUUCGAUGAAAGCGGUGGACACAAGAAACAUCAUCAACAUGACGAAGGAUACUAUGGCGGCUACGACCAUGGAGAGAAGGGAGAAAAGGGACAUAGUUUUGACGAAAAAGGCGACUUUCAUAAAGGCCACUCUAUCAAAGGUCACCAUGGGAUCCACAAAUUAGACGAGUUUAAGAAGGACAAACAUUUCCAUGAUAAGCACGGCGAUUCAGGCUUUGUAGAAGGCUACGGUGGUUAUCAUGAUGAAGGAGGUUAUAAGGAAGGUGGAGAAUUCCAUAAAGGCCAUAGCGAUGGUGGCUUCUAUGAACACGAAGAAGGCGAUAAGGGACACUUUGAAAAAGGUGGUCAUCACAACGACCACAAGGGACAUCACGACGAAGGUGCCAAUGACGAAUACUGGGGACACCACGAAGGACACGGAAGUAAGGGUGGCCAUGAUGAACACAAAGAAUGGGACUGGGGAAAAGGACAUAAAUGA